AUGGAGAAGGCGAUGAGCGAUGGGUUCGGAUGCAGCCCCGAUUCGCUUCUUGCACUUUUCUUAGUGAUCCUAAUCAUUCUUAACUGGCUCCUUGUACUGCACUUCAACUCGAAUUUACGCUACUUGUUUUUAUGCUUCCUUUGCGAUGUUAUGCAGAUUAAGCCCGUGAUCCAAAGAAGUUGCGCUGACGAGAACGUAUGUGAUCACGAACCAUCAGAAGGAGUUGAAACCAACUCUAAAACUACUAGUCAUGACCAAGUCCCUUCAGUUCAGGCUGCGGAGAUUAGUUACAUUCACGAAAAUGUUGCAGGUGGCGAUAAGAAUCUGUGUGCAGGAGAACUAGGACUAGUGAUGGAGAAACUAGGAACAUUAAGUGAGGGGAGACUCGGGUCGAAGGAGAUUGCUGACUUGUUCGAGGAGGACCCGAGCUUGGAGGAAGUAAAAGAAGCUUUUCGCGUGUUUGAUGAGAACGAGGACGGAUUCAUUGAUGCAGGUGAGGUAAUGAAGGUUCUCUCUGUAUUGGGUUUCGUUGAAGUUUCGGAAGUGGAAUGCAAACGGAUGAUCAAGGCAUUUGAUGUUGACGAAGAUGGACGCAUAGAUUUCGAUGAGUUUGUUAAACUCAUGGAGAACAGCUUCUGCUGA